AAAAUGGCGAAUUUUCAGGGUUCUGUAUUGUGUUAAUAGUAUUUCAUUUAGUAGUGUUGGUUGAAAUCAGGAUUCCUUGGUUUAUUUAAACGAUGCCAAAAAUUUCUAUAUGCAGGCAGUUGUUAAUUAUUAUUGUUUAAAGAACUGUUACGGACUAGUUAUGGUCUACCAUGCCGGGUCAAAGGCAGAAUUGUUUUUUUAAUUAAAAUACCGCAUGCUACUAAUUAUAUUGAACUUGUGAUGCUUCGUUUUCUGUUUAGAUUUUAGUUAAAUAUAUUGUUUAAAUGAUUACUUGGUCAGUUUAAGACUAUUUAACAGUUUCCAGUGUUUAUGUUCAUGGGCUUGGCCAACAUCCUUAUAUUGUUAUUGAUUGAGAGAACUAUUAUUAGCACUUAUUAGUUAUAGGUUAUGUGGGAUUUUGUUAGACUCUAGAAAUUUGUGAUAUUAGUUAUAAGUGAACUAAAGUUAGUAUAUAAUAUUAACCUCUUAAUUAAACAAGUAGAUACAAUUUCGAAGUUUUGACUAAAGUGCUGCAUUGUUAAACUGUUCUCAUUUUAAUCAACUGUUUUAUAAAAUUCAAAUCUAAAAAAUGGGCAUUCAGGAUUUACAAACUUUUCUUGAAAGUUCCCAAGUUGAAGGGUCCUGUGUGGGUGUGGAUCUUGUUAGAAUAGCUAGAACUCAAGCUCAAAAAUGGGUAAAGCAAGUUCACAAAAAACCUCCAAAUGGAAAUGGAAAAUUUCAUCUAGUGGUGGAUGCUGAAUGUUGUCUGGACCGCCUCUAUGGUGGCUAUUUUUCAGAUUGGGUAUGUGGAGGUCAGUGGAAUAGAGUCACUGCUUUUUUGGGACAGUUUGUGAAUUCUCUCCAUGUUUCAAACAUUGAAUUAACUGUUUUCUUCAAUGGUUGUCCUCAAGGACAAAGAUCAAGAGAAUGGGUGGAAGACCAAUUAAAAGCUCGAAACCGAAUCUCAAUGGUGCUGAGACAUCUUGCUAACAAAGGAACACCACCUCCUAAGGUUUGGUGGACGCCUCCAUCAUGCCUUCGCCCCACUCUCCGUAUGGUGCUAAGAAAUCUUAAUGUCUCAGUUAUUGUGACCAUGGAUGAUCAUAAACAGGAGGUAAUAGCAUUUUGUCGUGAGAAUCAAUGCCAUGGGAUUGUAGCAGACGAUGCUGAAUAUAUUGCAUUUGAUCCUCCCCGCUACUUUUCUGCUAGACAUUUAAAACUUACUUAUAAAGGGACUCUCGAAUCCAAAGAAUACAUAAUUUCAGAACUGAUUAAAGGAUUAAACAUUACGGGGGAUGAACUUUGUAUCGUUGCAGCAUUAUUAGGAAAUUUUCUCCUUCCUGAGACUGAACUUUCUGAUUUGCACAGAAAAUUGAUAUCUGGAAAAGUUGUUAAGGCUGAGGACAUGUGUGGAGAGCUUGUACGUUCUCUUGCGAAAUUCGUUAAAACGUUAGACACAAGUGACCUAGACAAAGCUGGAUUAGAAAUUUUCGGUGCGGUUGGUGGUGAUCGGGCUGCCAAAUUUAGAAGAGCUGUUCAGUAUUAUUUAGAUGGCACUAAAGGAGGAUUCUUAAAAUAUCGAGCAUCUGGAGCUGAUUUGAAAAAGGCUAAAAACAAAUCUCUUUUGAAAAAUGAAUCAGAAAAGACUGAAAGUUUUGAAAGUUCUGGGCUUGAUACUUCAAGGCUCGCCUCUGAAGCUGGUGGUAAUGAGCUUGCCGGGCUUAUGAGUGUCUCUGAAGCCGUUGCUUGUCUCUCAGUUGGACCAGAGAUUAAUGUUGAGGAAACCAAAGAAAACUCAUCAAUUGUUAAUGCACAAGUGAAUGGUGGGACCAAUCAUUUAUUGUUAACAAGCUCUAAUUCCAGUUCAAGCUCUGGAGCUACUUCUCCAGCAAGAAUCGAUAGUCUCAUGGCAGCAGCAAAUAAUCAGAAAGAUGAGAAAGAACUUCCUCCUGUUGCUGCUGAGAUUCUUAGAACUGUUUGUGAGCGCCACAGCAAAGGCUUGAUGUCACCAUUUAUCUAUCGCCUCCUCACUACGGGAGAAGUUCGGUUACCAGUGGUAAUGGAAGAUGAGAGCCAUAAAGAAAUUCCUUCUAUUCAAUUGUUCUAUAGGCCGCUCCGUCGAAUGGUCUACGCUAUCCUCUUCAAUCUUCAUCAUCUUACUUACCUUGCCAGGCAGGCUGCUCCUAAGGGUGGUGAAAUUAAAAUUCCUGAGAUCAAAAUUAAAGAAUGGGUUUGGAGUAAACCUAAUCCAUACCAACGUCCAGAAGUUAUCAGGGCUGAACCACUGGGUUGGGGGGUGCCAACAAUACAGAGGCUCUGGUUUGGCACAACUGUGGAUGAUAAAAGGAGACGACUUCGGGCUUAUCUCACGUGUAUGAGAAGUGACACUCAGUUAAUGCUUAAUCCAAGUUAUGUUCCUCAACACCUUUUGGUUCUCGCAACUGUCUUGAGAUACAUAAUGUCUUUCCCCGACAAAGGAGUGUUAAGGAAACAUGAGUUGGAUGCCAUUAUCGCAACUGCUAUGGAUCCGCAGCUUUCUAACUCGGAGUAUAAUCAGGAACUUUCUGUGGAGUGUGUGUCUCCCAGAGGUGUUCAGCUUGGUUGCCUUGUGAUGACCGGAGUGGAAUAUGCUCUGAUUGUUAACGAAGCUUGUGGUGCUCCUAUUCCAUGGCUGAUGUCUCCCCCCUGGCUCUAUUUCGAUGGCAAAUUGCUGCAUGCUCAAUUAGCAAGGGCUGCUACCGUGAAGAACCUCCUUGAACUUUGUGGUCAUCGAAUUCCACAAGUUAUGAAGGUUGAAAGAAUGAGAGAAGCUAUACUUGAUGGUCUCUACGUCCAGUGGGCCCGUCCUCCUCUCCUAGCUCCUCUUUCAAUAAGUGAAGCUUCCCGAGUCCAUGCCGUAAUGCCUGCAGGUAUGGCAACAGCUCCACCAGGACGCCAGGCUAAUCCAGUUACCAGAGGUGCCUUACAACCCAGCAUUAGAGGGAGAGGUAUGACCACUGGUGGCAGACUUGAAAUAGCUGGUGUCGUUGUCGGGCAUUGGGGUCCUAACUGCAGGCUAAUGGCACCGCCACCACAGAACACUGGUAGGAGGAAAGCUCUCCAAGCGGGUAACACAAAAAAGGAAGUAAGAAAAACUGGUAAAGGAAGAGGAAUGACUAUUGUUAAUCCAUAUACAGGUGAAGUUGUUAAUGCUGCUCAGUUGUUGUCCCAGGAUGACAAAAAAAGAAUCUUGACCAAUUCGGAAAACAACAAAACACAAAAAAAUGUCACGGUUGUGGAAAAUGGAGAAAGUAAAUCUGUGCCAUUGUCCGAUGCUUCAGUUGCUUCUGAACUGAAGGUUGGUGAAGCUACUAACCUUAUCCAACAAGGUAUAAACUGCCAAGUGAACGGAGAAACAAGCAACAGCUUUGAGGGCAGAACCAGCGAAAUCUAGGCUUCUACUCUCUAGUGCAGUCGUUUUUUUGUUUUUUUCUUUUUUUUUUUAAUGGACCAUUGAACGACUUUUUUAUAUUUAUAUAAAUAUAUAUAGUUUAUACGUUAACGUAUAUAUAGUAGGUUUAUGAUAGAUCGCUGAUUUUUUUAUAAAUAGUCAUACGUCUUGGCUAAGACUCAUUUUUCGUCAUAUGAGAUGUAAAAAAUAUUUUUUAUACUGUGAAAAAUGAAAUGAAAAUAAUAAUUGUGUUAAAAAUGGUAUGAAUGUGUGUGUGAAAGUCAUGGGUGAAAGAAAUCGUGAGAAAAAAUGUUAUAUAGUUAUUUCUUAAUUUUUUGUUAAAUGUUGCCUCUUCAAAAGCUGUGAGCAGGCAAAACAAUGUGAUAACGUUAAAAAAAAAAAUAUAUUAGGGGUUGUUAUUUUUUGAAUGGAGGGUUAUUUAUUUAAACCUAUAAUUAAUAAAACAGUUAUUAAAUCAUAAAAGAUUUAAAAAGUAACAGAUGGUGAGAGCAAAUGAUUGAAUGCACCCAAAUCACCCCUAAAUAAUUCUCACAUUAACUAUCGUUCAUAUUUGUAGCAGAAACCGCAACAGUCUGUUACAACAUAACACUGAUAUGGAGAAAAAUUGAAUUGAUACAUUCAUAUGUAUUUAAAAGUUUAUGGACUUUUAAAGCUACAAAAAAAAAAUAAAUAAAAAAUUAAGAAGAAAAACCACCACCAAAUACAGGAUGAAUUUUCUCGUUUUCACGGAAAAUUUCUGGGUUUAUUUAAUUAUUAUUGAUUAUACUUAUUGUUAUUAUUCUAUUUGAAUUGAAUUGAAUUUACCUGAAAAACUCGACUUUGGUGUACUGAAUAUUUAACAUUAUACCGUGUAAACACUAUGUCACUACAUAAUUUUGCACUAUGAGAUAAAUCUCUGUUGGUACUUCAGUCAUUCAGUAAAUGUAUGAGAGAAUAUCUCAUGUCAUGAAUAUUUUGUAGAAUCUGAAUGUAAACUCUUUAUAUAAAUAGAAAAAAGAUAUGUAAUGCAAAAGUUAAAACUUUUUCUAAUAUUUUAUUUGUCGUUGCCUGAGUUGCGAGAUCUGUUAAAGUAAAUACUGAUGAUAAAGAGCACAUAUAAAUUGAUAUUUAUGGUGGAAUAUAACUGUUAAUUCCUCCGCAUCAAAUUAAAUGUAAUUAAUACACAAUUAGAGAGGGGUCAUGCACUUAAUUAUCACGAAACUUAUGACGAAUUAUUCAGGAAAAAACAAUAACUAAAACCGGUAUUGAGUUUGUAUGGUGCUUAAAAGUAAUAAAAAAAGCACCACUUUCUUUUGUACGUGAACAUUUGAAAGUUUUGAAUAUAUAAAUAUGCUAUCACUUCAACGAUUUUAUGAAGUGGUCUUGGCUCAUUUUUAUACAUUUAAUGAGAGCUUGGGAUUAAUUUUAUUAAAUUUAAUUUAUCUUUGUUCUUUUGAAGAUAAAUAUAGUGUAUAAAUCUGAUACUUUAUUUGUUGUAUAUCGUGUUAGGACUAGGCAAAUAUAUUUUGUUUCAUUUUAAUAUUAACUAUUGUUGAGGAAUUUCCCUCUUUUAAUUUCAACAUGUUUGUCACUUUUUUAUAAAUAUCUAUAAAAAUAAAAAUAAAAUUAUUAACUGUUAGUAGCAUCAUUUUUAAGGUUUUCUAUUUGAACCUAUUUACUAUUAAAACAUUUUAUAUAUAACUAUUAUAUAAUUAUAUGAUACACUUAUGAAUAUAUAAAUAAAUGCAUAGUUUAUAUAUAGCGCUAAAGAGAUUAAAAAAAUAAAUAAAAUGCUAAAAAAAGAAGAUGAAGAGGUUUAUUACAGAAAGAAGUGUUUGAUCCCGAUAGGUCUUGCAGGUCAGGCGACAUUUCAAUUUGAGGUAUUGCUUUGAUUUCUAUAUAUGCUUAUCUUUAUUUUGAUUGUUCUUUAAUUUGUAGUAGUUAAUAAAGUUAUAGAAAGGGCUUUGCCCAUUUUCAUCUUAAGUAUAUAUCUAUGCAGUUUUUAAGGAAACAAAAAAAAUAUAUAUGUAAAUUUAAGUAUGUAAGUGAAUAAUAUAUAUUUUGUGAGGGAUAAAAUAUCCCUGCGAACAAGGCGCUCUGGGACAUAAAGGUUUUGCACUUUCAAUUUAAUUAGACAUUUUUUGUAUUUACUCCCAUAAUACUGCCAUUCCUCGAGAACAUGUUAUUUAGAAGUAAUAAAUUUAUUUUGGGGAAUAUUUCCACAUUGAGUAGUACAUAAAGUAUUUCUGAUAAGCAAAAAUUUCUGAUCAGUAGUUGUUUCAAUUCAUCAAGUUUAUUUUUCUUUAAUUGCAGAUACCUGAAUGAUAUGGUGUUUAGGGCGAUUACAUCUCUUUUUAACAUAUUAAUACCUGAUGCUGGUUGUUUAUUAUCAUGAUGUUGGUCUUUCAAAUUAUUCUAUUUUAACAAGUAGUAAACUCGAAGGAUUCUCGAUUCAUUUGCCAUACUUGAUUAUUCAAUCAAUUGUUUUACUGGUAAUAAUAGAGGAAUAGCUGUAUACUAAUUAUGUAAAUGAUGGUAAUAGAUUUAAAACAUUGUUAUCUCCUAAUUUUUCCCAGAUCGUCUUAACGCUAGCUGGUAUAACAUUUAGAAUAUUAACGUCAUUUAUUCAAUUUUAAGAGGAAAAUUGGUAAUACUUCAUAGUGUAACAUUGUAUCCUAGAGUUAAUAUAAAAUUGGGAACUUUAGUUUACCUAGAAUUUAUCAAUUAAUUUUUGUUGUGUCAGUAUAAUUGCUAUAUUUCACAUAUAAUAAGAAACAUAAUUUUAAAAAUAUACAAAAAAAAAAAAAAUUAAAAAUAAGAUACUUCCCUCUCCUUACUGGAAUAUCAGAUGUUUGUUUUCCCUAAGUAUUAUGAUAAAAUGUUUUGUAUGUGUUGUAAACUAAAUUCACACAUGGGUAAGUGGUGGAUAAAAUUUAAAUUUAUUUUUUUGCAUUUAUUUUUUUUAGUUAUAUUUUAUGUUUUGUUUUGGUUUUUGAUUAUGUGAAACAUUAGGAAAGAGCAUUAAAUAUUAUUUUUUUGUCUUCACAUCCUUUGCAUGUUUAUUUAUGGUCAAUUCAAGGAUGAAUGGGUGCGAAAGUGUGAAUAAAUAUUUCUGGAAACUU